AUGGCAAACCGCUUCUCGGAAAUGCUCAAGCAAUUGAAGCAGAAGGGUGAUCCUACAAUGCAGCUGGUCGCGUUGCAGGAGCUGUCGGAGAUAUUGGUCAUGGCAACUGGCCAUGGCGGACAGCGGAUGGCCGGCUUCGACACCAACGAAUUCGUCAAGGCACUGGUUGACGUGUUGCGCGGCGGAGACGGUGGUGGAAAUAACUUCGAAGAGGAUAUCCCGCUUGAGAUGUUGCAAGAGAUGGGGAUGAGUGCCGCAGAACUCGGAUUCGGUGGAGGAGGCGGGAUGGCCAAUCCCGAGCUGAUCUUACUGGCUUGUCGCUGUCUGUCCAACCUGAUCGAGGCACAUCCAUCGAGUACCGGUCAUGUGCUGCAACACGGCGCUGUAGACGUAUUGGUUGGGAAGCUCAUGGAGGUGGAAUAUAUCGAUCUUGCGGAACAAGUUCUUGCUGUUCUCAAUAAGAUCAGUGUAGACUAUCCUUCAGCAAUCGUCCGUGCGAAUGGGCUGUUGGCCGUCCUUCAGUAUAUCGACUUUUUUGGACUGCACGUGCAGCGGACGGCAGUGACCAUCGCUGCAAAUGCUUGCCAGGGACUUGGAAGCGAUGCUGAUCCUUCGGACGAUGUCUUCAACAAGGUGAAAGAUGUCGUUCCCAUCCUCGAACGCCUGCUGUCAUACGCCGAUAGCAAGCUAGUGGAGCAAACCGUUCGGGCUCUGGACAGGAUCAUCGAAUGGUGCUGGAAGUCGGAAGAGAAACUCGAAGCUAUCGUAACUCCAUCUCUACUGCAAAGCAUUAUCACUAUCAUCACCCCAAGCGGUACAACCUCAGCAAACGGCGGAUUACCGGCCAUCACACCUGUCUUCACCAAACUGACCAAGGUUCUGGUCAAUAUCGCCAAAGGAUCUCCCAAGUUCGGAACGGCCCUCCUUGUCGAGUACGGCUUGAUCGACUUGAUCCAGAACUUCAUGACCGGUGGUGUUUCUACUGGUGACGUGCAGCAAGACCGCUCCCUCGCAACGGAGACUGUCUCUGCCUCCAUAACGAUGGUUGUCGUUUCUCGUCCUGCGGAUCAAGUUCUGGAAGUCCUGAGAUUGGCUUCAGCGGUGUUGCCGACAUUACCAGCCGAAGGUCUUUGGGAUAUCCGGAGUCUUCCUGACGCUGCGCCCGGCAGCCCGAAGAAAGCUGGUCUCUUCGCGCGACCAAGGAGCAAGAGCCCGGAGAAGUCACCCACUGUUUCCGAUCCGAUGGAUGUUGACCAUUCGGAUGAUGCCGGGUCCGCGUCUCGAAUGUCAAUUGACUCAGCUUCUACAGACCACAGCAAAACCGGUGCAGCAUCCUCAGCAAGCCAUUUGUUCACCGAUGUUUCAGAGAGACGCCUGAAGUUGCUUGGCGCAAACCCGGACGCCAUGAGGAAGUACGUGACUGUUUUGCUGCCUACGUUCAUCGAAGUGUUCGGAGUCACCGUCAAUCCGAAUACGCGUCGAGCGGCGGUCGAGUGCGUGGCCAAAGGCAUCUGGUACACGGACGAUCCUAAUCACUUGGGCGAUACUCUUGGCGAUAAUCAGAUGUUUGGAAAGUUUGUCCCGGAACUCUUGAGUCUGCGACAAAUCGUAUUCGAGAAGGAUACGCCUGAGAAGGAGCGACUCGAAGCGAUGGUUCUCGUCGCCAGCGGGUUGCAAAUUGCGUCGACGGUCAUCGACCGAUGUGGUGAACGUUUCAAGUCAAGGUUCACGCGUGAAGGAGCCAUGGAAGAGAUUGCAAAGAUAGUCAAGCUCGGUCAACAGGCCAAGACUGAUCCGCAACCGGAAAGCCCGACCAAAGUUGCCUCCAGCUCGCACUUACCUGCGCCUGUCGGACGACGACUUAGCGAUUUGGUACGAGACCUUAAGCGGCUUCGAGACCAGGUCGCGGGGCACAUGGGCGGAUCUCCCGCAUCGAACAUAACCACAGGGACUUCCGGCAAUACGACCACGCUAUUGAACGGUGUAACGUAUACCGAGGAUGAGAUUCGCACCUGGAUCUUUGCGACAGCGCAGAGGCUUCUCGAGAAGUCGACUUCAAGUUCCUCUGCAAACCAAUCCGGUGCUGUAUUGGGGGAUCUUCGCAGGCUUGGAGCAGUCCUUGACGAGCGAGAAUCCCAGAAAGGCGAAUUGGCCAUAUGUGAGGCUCUGCAAGGGGUCGCGAGGCAUUUUGUAGGGGAGGCCGAAAGUGAUGGAGGAGUUGGGAUCACUUCAUUUGAACUCUUGGAAAGCGGGAUCAUGCGCUCCUUCGCAGACUUUCUGAGCAAGCCCAGUUCCGAAGAUCUCGUUGCGCCGGAUCCUGAUGUCGCCCAGCACACGACCCCUAUUGGGACGCGGCUGAAAGCCUUCCUGCAUGUUUUCAUGAACGGCCCGUCUCCGGAUCACGAAAAUCGGAACUUCUAUGUGGCCGGAGCCUUCAAAGCGCUUCUGCAAAGACUGCAGGAGUGUCUUUCUCGCGUGGAACAGUUCGAUGUUGCGACUGCUGUCAGCUCCGCCACCACGAACUAUGCUUCGACCUUCACAAACAACCCAAGUUUGCAACUCACCCGCCAGCUCAAGAUCAAGCUCGUUGCCGCUGAACCGGAUACUGUACCGAAACCCUAUCAGGCGUUGAUGAUCAGCGUCCAUGCCGUCGCUACGUACAAGGCGCUUGAGGACUAUCUCAAAGGGCGUAUCGUUUUGCCACCCGGGACGGAGGUCCGGAGUGAGAAUAAGCAGGCUUUAGCAGCGGAGGUCAAGACUGCUUCUGAGGACGCUCCGGCGGGUGAAGCCGCCAGCGAUGCGGAGAAGAGCGCCGAGUCGGAUCAGAUCCUGACCCCCUAUUUACAGAUGCUGGACGUCAGUGAUUUAUUGCUGAAAGCAGAAGAAACCACUCGGCAACGGCGAAGGGGGAGUAGCAUCACCGCCAGUGCCGCAGCCGCCGACGCUGCAGACCCUUCCGACACCGGGGAGCCUGACACAGCUGCGUCUAGACGGCGGGAUAGCGUUGUGGAUGUACGGACCGAUAGCCCGAUGCGCCGCCCAUCGACAGCAGGAGCAUCUUCCAGCCGUCGGGAAAGUGCUGCCCUGCCAGAGUCCAGCAGUGCGGUGAAAUCUUACGCAUCUGCUGUGGCAUCCAGCACAAUUUUCAACAUUGAGUUCAGAAUCGACAACACCGUUAUUCCGCACGAAACGACCAUCUUUGGCUCCGUAUUUGCGGCUGAACAGCGGAAGGGUGUCAAACAACCCAAUGUGUGGAACCAAGCGUUCACUAUGGUCUACAGGAAGGUCUGGCGGGAUGAGUCAGCGGCCUCUGCUACGGAAGCCAAAGCAAAGGCGGGGGCAUCAUCCAAGAACACCGCAGCGGAAAAAGCAAAGGACGUGAAGCUACAUAGAGUCGCGGUCACAUCGCGGACUGGAGCUCCCGUGAGUGUGGACAUACUUCCUCCCGCGGCGUUUGCCAAUACAAAGCUUACUGCGAAGCUGAACCGGCAGCUGGAUGAACCUCUGAUCGUGGCGUCCGACGUACUUCCGAAAUGGUGCGCUUCUCUAGCCAAGGAGUUUUCGUUCCUUGUACCCUUCGAAACGCGACUUGCAUAUAUGCAAAGUACCUCCUUCGGCUAUUCUCGAAGCAUCGGCCGUUGGCAGCAUCAGCAGAAUGGCCGUGGUGGAGGUUCAGGCGGCGGACGUGGAGGCGAUGGGGGUCAACAGCUUGGACGCCUGCAACGGCAAAAAGUUCGUAUCGCGCGUCAACGUCUCCUGGAUAGCACGAUGAAAGUCAUGGAGUUGUAUGGCUCCACACAAGCCUUGCUGGAAGUUGAGUUCUUUGACGAGGUCGGGACAGGACUCGGGCCAACGCUAGAGUUCUACUCGAAUGUAUGCCGUGAAGCCCGACGAUCAGGAGGCGUCUCUGUCGGCGGCGGUUCCAACUUCAAGGUGUGGAGAGAUGAUAAUGGCAAGGCCGAGGAUACGGACAGCAAGGAAGAGCCGGAUAUGGAAGAUUUAGUGGACGGAGAAUACCUGAAUCCGGCCUUAGGUCUGUUCCCGGCCCCAAUGCUGGAAAACGAAGGCAAUGCGGAGACGAACCAGAGAAUCCUCACCUUCUUUACGGGAUUGGGGACAUUUGUGGCAAAGGCUCUGCUGGACUCUCGCCUGGUCGAUUUGCCAUUCAACCCAAUCUUUCUCGAAAUGGUUGUCGGCGAGGAGGAGGAAGAGGAGCAGGCUGCGGAGGCUGCCCUCGGGAAAGCGGGGAGGACAGGCGCCGAGUUCCACCUGCUAAGGCACGUCGAUCCUUCACUAUACAAGUCACUCCUGGACCUGAAGAAAUACGUACACAUCAAGCGGUCGAUAGAAAGCAACACAAAGUUGUCAAAAGCUGAGCGCGUAGAGCGUUUGGCAGACAUCACAGUUCGCGGCGCUCGCCUUGAGGAUCUGUGCCUGGACUUCACACUCCCAGGCUACCCAACAUACGAGUUGAUCGAGAACGGCGCUCAAGUCGCGGUAAGCAUCGACAACGUGGAGAAGUACAUCGACAGCGUUGUGGAACAGACUGUCGGAACUGGCGUUGCUCGGCAAGUAGAGGCCUUCCGCACCGGGUUCGACAAAGUUUUCCCUGCGGCCGAUCUCCGAAGUUUCACGGUCCAAGAACUCAGCGUUCUGGUUGGUGGGGCCGGAAGCACAGAGGAGGACUGGGAAUACGAUUCUCUGAUGGAGUCUAUCAAAGCGGAUCACGGAUACACCAAGGAAUCGGCAACAAUCCGAAACCUCGUCUCGUACAUAUCGGUUCUCACCCCAUUGCAACGGCGGGAGUUCCUUCAGUUCGUAACCGGCAGUCCCAAGCUUCCGAUUGGGGGGUUCAAAGCGCUCAUGCCACCGUUGACUGUUGUGCGGAAAACGGUCGAACAAUCAGGUCGGACCCCUGACGACUAUCUGCCCAGCGUUAUGACGUGCGUUAAUUAUCUGAAAGUCCCGGAUUAUUCGGACGCGGCGGUCAUGAAGAAGCGAUUCGAGGUGGCGGUACGUGAGGGACAGGGAUGCUUCCAUCUGUCGUAG